AACGUCAUAAAUGUGAUGACUGAUGAGGAACUGGGACAAUAUAUUGUGACAUAUGGAGACCGACUCGCAGUAAAAGCAUUUUGUCAGCAAAGAAGUGAGACUUUCCAAACUGCAGGAGUGAAGUCCGCCCUCAUGCAGCGAGUACGUCAAAAAUUGACAGAACAGAGAUCUGCUGAAAGCGGUAGACCACGGAGGUUUGGCAAUCAAUAUGCCGCAAAAGAUAAUCGACGGGUUGAAAUGGGAUGGCUCCAUUUUAACAACGGGGAUUUUCACCAGGUUCGAACAAGACAUGGAGGUGGAACAAGACAUCUGAGUGUCCAGAAAAAUAUUACAAUGGGGGAACUGUUGGAAAUGGGAAAAGCCCUGUUCUUUCCAAACGGACAAUCUCCCAAAGGAUCAGUGGAGGAUUUCGUCUUUGACAUACGUGAUUUUAGUCACGAGAACGUUCCUCUUGAAAGCACAGUAAACCAACUGUAUGAGCAGACCAAAAUAAAAAUGCUGCGAAUUUACACCUGCUCUCGAGGAAAGGAAAAAAUACCUACUGAUGACCAGUUUUCAGAUAUGUCUUCGGAUUUUGAGGACACGGAGGACAUGCAAAGAAAGACCAGGAGAAUCCAGAGGCAGUGUGCAAGGAAACGAACAAGAAGAAAUGAAAGAUCAACCAAUGAUCAAAGGAAUAACCCAGGGAAAUCUACAGAGUCCAACGUGAUACCAAUUUUUUCAACAAGUGAAGAAGAUGGAGAAGCAGACAAAUCAAGCAAGCAAUCACAGUCACCUUCUCUUGAAAUAAUCCACAAAGAAUUGCUGGAUUCUUCAUUUGAAGCUGCUGGAUCCCAUCCUCAUGAAGGUGCAGACAAUCCAGAAGCUGAGGAUGACUGUUUUAUUCUAUCCCACAAUCAAGAUGAAGUUCUUCAGUGUACUCCAGUUGUGGCUAUUAAUGCAUCUGCUGAAGAUUUUGAAAUUCAGUUUGGGCCAGUUUCCAAUCAUGAUGAAGAGAGUCUAGACUCCACCCUUCUGUGGAACCAAGAUGACAUUAACUCCUCUCAGCAUUCAACACUAAAUGAUGGAGCUGCAUCAUUACACAGUAUCUUUGCACAGCCAGGCCAAAAUGACAAAGAAAUACACUGUGUUCAGAUUAGACGAAUUAAUGUUGUUAGUGAUCUCAUAAACAUUUUUAUGGAACCAGCAGUUAUGAAUGUUCAGCUAAAAAUGGAACUCACAAAUGAAAAAGCUUUUGACAGUGAUGGUGUGUCAAGAGAGGUGUACUCAGCUUUCUGGGAACGUUUCUUAGAGCUGUGUGAGGGGGAGGAUGAACGAGUACCCAGGCUUCGACCAGACUUCACUGAAAAGCACUGGGAAGCGGUUGGAAGAAUUUGGUUGAAAGGAUACUUGGACCACAACAUCAUACCAAUCCAAUUGUCUCCAGCCUUUAUCCUCGCCUGCUUUCAGGGGGUUAGUUCAGUGGAUGAGGAACUGCUGAUGAUGAGCUUCCAUAGGUUCAUUUCAGCACAUGAACGGCUGACAGUAGACAAAGUUCUAGAAGGAAACUUGGAUGAAGAUGUUGAGGAAGACUUGCUUGACCUAUUUUCAAGGAUGGGCUCACACAACUUGCCUACUAAAGAAAAUGUGCAGGCUUCCCUUUCCACAAUUGCACAUAAAGUUCUUCUUCAAGAACCAAAAUUUGUAAUAGACAGUUUUCACUCCUGUUUUUACAAUGCGGUGCCAUCACUAGCCAGCAAAGAAAAUAUUAUUGAACUUUACGAGUCAAAGAGGGCAACAAACAAAAAAGUAGCCCAAAUGAUAAAACCAUCAAGUGAAAGCCUAAAUUCACAGGAGCAGACAGCUCUAAACCAUCUAUUGAGGUAUGUUCGAAGCAUUGACCAAAAAAAGUUAGAAACGUUCUUGCGCUUCUGCACAGGGUCCACAGUGCUAUGCAAAGACACCAUUGAAAUUACGUUUAAUAGGUUAUCUGGCUUAAAUCGAAGAGUAGUGGCACACACGUGUGGAGCUGUCCUUGAGCUGCCAUGCACCUAUGUGUCAUACCCGGAGUUUAGAACCGAGCUAGACAACAUCUUGGCAGGGGACUGUUUUACAAUGGACAUUCUGUAGCAUUAUGCCCUUCAGUGUUAUUGUCCUUUAACUUUGAGUUUGAAAAAAUGUGAGUGGAGAGCCAAGGGCAACACUGGAAAGAAACAUUUUUUAUUUAAAAA